AUGUCCGAUAUAAUCCAACCAUUAAGGAAAGGUACCUUUGGAUGUGCGCCCGCCCUCUGCACGCCGCAACUCUCCCCGGACCGCGUAUAUUUUGCCACUAGUAAGUUGCUAACCCAAGGUAACCCGACCGACGCAAACGAACGCUCGCCAGUCAUCGAGCGGCCGCCGUAUGCGAUGCUACCUCACUGUUUUAAGUUCCUUAUACUGAUCUCGAUUUAUGCUUGUGGUGUGUUUAUGUUGGGAUCGCGGCGCCCGUUCCGUUCGGCGUGUUGGAGGGACGUCGCCCUCGAAGAAUUCUAG